AUGGCACUUCGCAAGAAAUGCCCUGUGUGCGGUUCGAGGAAAUGGCACAAAGAGCCAUCGAGUGGACUUAUUACAUGUAGCGAGGGACACGUCCUGCAGAACUACAGGAGCGAGACAAAUGAGACCACGGAACUGGGGCCGCACGCGAUGCGCAAGAGGACACUCAAAUCAAAUCGUAGGAAAAAGGAAACUGCGAGUAAAGCCAACCCUCUAUUGUAUCAUGGACCCCGCGCACGUUACCAUUAUUUCCAGUGUCUUCAGCUCGUCUUCCGUAAACAAAUAUCGGUUCUUGUCAGGCUAUGGGACUUGCCCGCCGAGUUCGAGACCGUAUGUAGAGAUCUAUGGGCCCUGCAUCUGAGCCUCCUGCCCAAUCCUCCACCAGCCGAACCCUAUCUCCACGCACACGAGCAGCAGGGUGACGUAUCUCCCGCCACUCAAGCCACAUCUCUGCAGACUCCGAGACAGACGCAGACACCCACAGAAGGUGGUGGGGAUGGCGACGAGGGUGAGGCCGCGAAUACUGAGAGGGACAGUUCUUCCUCUGCCUCAGAGUCUACCGAUACAGAGGACGACCCUGAAAUGGCUGCGCUGAUGCGCGAUGCCUCUGAGUCUUCGUCGUCCGAGGAGGAUGAUUCCGCCACAAGACCUCUUCAAACCGAGUCGAGCACCAAGCAUAAGGGAAAGCAUCGGAAUUACGGCAAAUACGACGCGCCCGCGAAUACCAUCGCCGUACUUGUACUCGCGUGCUGGACCAUGAGGCUGCCUAUGAUAUACCAGGAUUUCAUCAAAAUCAUUGAAACCUACGAGUUGCCGUAUCUGGAUCCUGUUCGUCGAGGAAUCCUUCCUGCUUCCAUGACGGUACACUUGACCAAACAGACCGUGCAAGCCCUCUCGCCUCACUUUGAUAAUGUGCCACCUGAGGUGUCCUUAAUUGCCGCCGCGGUGAUUGUAUUGCGCAUGGUCUAUGGUUUAGAUGGGAUAGCCAGGGUGCCGAAUGAGAAGGAGGACCCGACCUGUGCUCUACCAAGAUUGCAAGAAUAUCUUGCGCAUGUGAAGGAGCUUAACGCAGAAUCAGCAGAAAGCAAGGAUGCUCUGUUUUCGGCGACGUCACGAAUGAAUGUCACGGAUCUGACGGAUGGAAUGCUGGACGAAUACAUAAAUUUCUGUCACCGAGCACUGCUGGGUGGGGGCCAGUCACACGAAGUAGACGAGCUCGGUGAUAUUGUCCGUGACUACUUUCCCAUUGGUCAGGGAGCCACGGCUGAAGAGAAAUCCGCAGUCCCGAUGAGGGAACCAUCAGGUCGUGUCCUUCCGCCGACGGCUCUACAUCAAGCUUCCGGUUCGGACGAUCUACGGCCUGGCGAGGCCUACAAGAUCUUUAACUCGCGGGACGUCUUCGGUGCUUUGCCGGAUGACUUGCAGCUAGUGGUGGACAGGGCUGCGAUGUGGGCUGGGGUGAGCGAGGAAUGCGUGUGCGCGGUGGUCGAGCGGUUCGAGAGAAGGGUCGUCAGGUGGUGGGACAGCGUCCGGCGGAAGGAGAAAAGGAAGAGCAGGGGAGAAUCAGAGGGGGAAGGAUGACGCUGUUUCUCGUAGGUAGCAUGAGCUCAAACGACAUGAUGGAACUGCGUGCG